AUGAGGCAGACAUUGAGUGACAACGAGAGGCUGAGCGAAGAGAUCAAAGACAUUGAAUGCUAUGUGAAAAGCGAUAAACGCCAACACAUUAUGAUCGCAAAACUGUCGAUAACACCCGUCUUUCGGGACAUUGAAAACUUCAGCCAAUUUAAUGAAUUAGAGUACCGCCGGCUGUCGGAGCUGUUCCGGGCGUUUGAUUUGUUCAAAUACAAGCCCUUAGACGCCGAGAGAAAUGCAUUAUUAUUAACAAAUGUGAACCAAGUCUAUCGCGUGUGCAAUAAGAUCAUGGAUUGGGACAUAAAAGGCUUGAUUAGGUUCACCAAAGACUUGAGCACUUUUAGCAACAUUUGCGGUAACGAUCAGUUGGCGCUCAUUAAGUACGGGUGCUUUGAGAUACUGAUGCUUAAGUAUACUAUGCUUUAUGAUAUUAAUACCGAUUACUGGACGUGGGCUUCGAGCACUGUGGGUCCGAUAGUAGGCGCGUUUAAGUUGGAUGUAUUAAAGUAUGAGAAACACAAUUUGUAUAAUCAUUAUAAAGAAUACUUUUAUAAAGUGAUUCCCGAAUGGUGUCAGGAUUAUGUGAUUAUGGACUUGUUGACGGCAAUAGUUUUGUUUAACCCGAACCGACCAAAUCUGACCCAUAGAGACGUUGUUAAAGCCGAACAACAAUUAUAUAUUUAUUUACUUCAACGGUAUUUAUAUCUGAAACACCAGUCGGGAGUGGAAACACACCGAAGGCUAUCCAAACUGUUGAGUCCAUUAACCGAUUUGGAGAUGAUUUGCGAUAUCGAGAAGAAGAAUGGACUCGAAUUCUAUUUGGAUUCUUUUGGACCCAUUCUUAAGGAAAUUCUUUACGAUAUAACGAAAUAAAUAAAUGU